CAAAUAUAAUGUAUCCUUAACAUAGAAAUCUCAUUCAUUCACGAAUAAGAGAGAAAAAAAAAAAGAAGAAGAUAGAAAGAAAGAAAAGAAAGCUCAAUCAUUCACCUACCAAAAAUUAAAAAACAAAACGAAGUCUCAUUCCAUCAGCAAAAUGUCUUCUUUUCGAUCCCUAACUCUACUUUUUUUUCUAGUUCUGCUUCAGGGGGGUUCAUUGUCAUAUCGCCAACUGAGUCCUACAUUUUAUGAUGAAACUUGCCCAAAUGUGUCGAGCAUUGUACGUAGAGUUCUUGCAAAUGCUCUGCUGUCAGAUCCCAGAAUUGGUGCAAGUCUUAUUAGGCUUCAUUUCCAUGACUGCUUCGGCUGUGAUGCUUCGGUUUUGCUAGACAACAGUGACACCAUAGUGAGUGAGAAGGAAUCAUUGGCUAACAACAACUCCUUGAGGGGUUUUAAUGUUGUUGAUGCAAUGAAGGCAGAGUUGGAGACUGCUUGUCCCGCUACCGUCUCCUGUGCUGACAUUCUUGCAAUUGCAGCUGAAGAAUCAGUCUAUUUGGCAGGAGGCCCAUCUUGGCCGGUUUUGUUAGGAAGAAGAGACAGCAGAACCGCAAACCACACACUGGCUGAUGAAUUCCUUCCAGGUCCUACUGAAACCCUGGAAGAACUCAAAUCCAAAUUCCUUGCCGUUGGACUUAACACCAGCACAGAUCUGGUCGCGCUGUCUGGUGGUCACACAAUUGGACGGGCUCGAUGCAAUACAUUCAUAAACAGACUGUAUGACUUUGAUGGCAAUGGAAAUCCUGACACUUUCCUGGAUACAACCUAUUUAGCAACAUUGCGUGAAUUAUGCCCUCAAGUUGGUAAUGGAAGUGUCCUGACAGAUUUUGAUCCCACAACACCCGAUACCUUUGACAACAACUACUUUGCCAACCUUCAGGCUCAAAAAGGUUUGCUUCAAAGUGAUCAAGAGUUGUUCUCCACUGUUGGGGCAGAUACCAUUGAAAUUGUUAACAGAUUUAGCAACAACCAAACUGCAUUCUUUGAAAGUUUCGCUGAAUCUAUGAUAAGAAUGGGAAACAUCAUGCCUUUGACGGGUACUAAAGGAGAGAUUAGAUUGAAUUGCAGAGUGGUUAAUGGUGACUCAAUAACAACUGCUAAAUCAAAUGGAGGCCUAGUUAGCUCCAUUUGAUUUGAUCAAUAACAAAAGAGGAAGGCUAAUAAAUGACCAUCUUUAUGCUAGUGUAUUUUGCUGAAUAUAAAUUAAUGAAUAAAGCUUGUUUGCAUCU